CACACCUUUGCUCAUCAUCAUCAUCAUCAUCAUCACCACUUUUUUUCCAUUCCACGCGACGCACGCACGCACGUACGCAACCCACACUCCACGACUCCACGAGCGGAGCGGCGGGUACCCGAUAGCGAGCGGAGCAAGAACAAAACAAGCAACAGUUCACGGGGCAGCCCAAGGAGCAGCUGGGUAAAAUUCCGCCAACCUCUCUCCCCCAUCCCACUGCACACUCUGCGGCACUGCUGGCCAGCUGCUCCGCCCCCGCCGCCGCCGCCGGCGAAUGUCCGCCGCUGCUCCGCCAUAGAGAUUCCUUUGGAUGGCAAUCAUGGAUUCAUUUGCAAAGAGCUCGCUCCGAUCCAACGCUCUCUGCAUCGUGUUAUCCAUCCUGUUCGCUGCUACAUUCCGCUUUUCCAUCCUGCCUCCUGUGCGUCGCUCGAUCGGUCCCCAUUGUUUUAUUCGUUUAUCGUUUCGCGCGACGUGCCAUUUUGCCUUCCCUUGGUGUUAAGCAAGAACAGGGCCAUGAACAGGGACAUGAACUGUGCCCAUCUGGCCUACUUAACGCCUGCAAAAAACCCAGCCUUAAACAUGUGCGUGUGUGUUGAUGUUUUCAUGAAAGGACGACAUCGUUCUACAGUAAUACCGCCUGGCCCCUCUGUCCCCUAGGUUCAAAUUUAUGGGCUUCAAAUGCUAGGAGCUUCUUCCUAAGACACUUCCUCUAUGCUAUUACUGCCCUCCUUGCUGCCUGUACCAACUGCUUGUAUUGCUAAUGUUAUUUAGUUUGCUUGAUUGCCUCGUGGAUCUCAGAAAACCUAAAUCUUGUGUGUUGACGGUGUGAUGCUUGGAGGCAGUUGUUUUUCAUCAGAAAGAAGCCAAUGAUCAACUUGUUCGAACUGAGUGCAGGGAUGGCCAGCACGAAGGUGCUCAGUGAGAGAGCUCAUAGAGAAGGCUCUCCAGUUCGCCGAAGCCGGACAGAUAUCAAUGUAACUGGUGAUCCUGCUAAAGUUCGUGUAGAGGAUAAACUGUUUCCAAUACAAAUUUCGCUACAGGAGGCUAGCACUAGGAGCUCUUUAAGCAACACAUCAGAUAAAUCGCCCAUGAAGACCCAAUUAGCAAAGGGGAUGGCCAAAGAAGUGGAAUCAAAGAGGAAUCCACCAAGUGUUGUUGCCAGAUUGAUGGGCCUUGAAGAUGAUAUACCUUCUCAAGAGCAGGCACUAAAUUCUGCCAAAAGAAAUUUGAGGAGAAGCCAUUCACAUGAUAAUUUGUCAGCAACAAACAGGGCCCUGCAGCAGCAAAAGCAGCACCACUACAACAGAAAAACACAGGACAUACACAUAAGAAGCCCCAAGGAAACAGUUGAAUUUAAGGACGUGUAUGCAGUCUGUGAAGAACCAUUAAGAACACACCAUAUUCAGAAUCAAACUUCUUCAGGUGGGAGGUCUUCACGGGAUAAGAGUGACACAAGGUUAGAAGUUGUUCGGCAAAAGUUCAUAGAAGCGAAACGCCUUGCCACAGAUGAGAAUUUUCUUCACUCGAAGGAGUUUCAAGAAGCUCUCGAGGUUCUAAGUUCGAAUAAGGAUCUGUUUCUAAAAUUCCUUCAAGAACCAAGCUCUGUUAUCUCGAACCCACUGAAUGGACAUCGCACAAUGCCAGCGCCACCUCAGACAAAGCACAUUACUGUGUUGAAACCACUUAAUUAUGUUGAGAAUAAAGGGGUAAGAGAAACCAGAACACACCGAGAUAAUGAAGAAAAUGACUUUGUGAUUGGAAAGUCUCAUAAUAGAUCUCAUUCAGCAGAAGAUAACUUCUCGCACACAAAUAGGAUAGUGGUCCUGAGGCCUAGCCCUGGGAAGCCUAAUAGAACACAUGCCAGGCUAACUCCCAGGUCAGCUCCAUCUGAACAGGCUCAGCGGACUGACUUUCUUGGUGAUUUAGAAGAUUGUAUACCCACUUUAAGAUAUGAUGUAUCGGAUACUUCAGUUCAGUACCUGCAAGAGGAUCGUUAUCGGCGGGAUGAGUCUUUGCUGUCUUCUGUGUACUCAAAUGGGUAUAUUGGUGAUGAGAGCUCUUUCAGUGGGUCAGAAGGUGAUUACAUCGAUGAAGAUGGUGGUGGCCUAAGUGACUCAGAGGCAGUCAGUCCAGUGUCACGAAAUUCAUGGGAUUAUAUCAAAAGAUAUAGCAGUACUUACUCAUCUUCAGCUUAUAGCAGGGCCUCUCACUCACAUUCAGCCGAGUCAUCUGUGAUCAAGGAAGCCAAAAAGAGACUUUCAGAUAGAUGGACAACGGUAGCAUGUGAUGAGGUCAUUCAAGAAGUAAAGUUGCCAAGGAGCUCAAGAACUUUGGGUGACAUGCUCUCCAUCCGAGAAGCUGAGAAAGAAGAAAUUGUUGCUGUACCAGACUCUGCUUCUAGUAGCCAUCCAUGUGGCACGGGAAAUGAGUUGGCCAUGCAAGCCACCUGCAUAUCUACAUUUAGAGAAGCUGAAAAUGGGGAGAGAUCUCCAAGAAAUUUAGCGAGAUCAAAAUCUCUCCCGGUGUCAUCAGAAGCGUUUCAUAACAUGGUGGUGCCCGCAAACUCUGAAGGCUGCAAAACAUCGAAGGUGGAUGCAGGGCCAGGUAAAGGAAAAUUAUCAUUCAAGGGAAAAGUAUCAAGUUUUUUCUUCCCGAGUAGUAAAAGGUUGGCAAAAGAGAAAACUAUCCUUCCAUCUGAUAUCUCUGAUGAGAAGGUUGAAGCCAGUUUUCUUGGUGGCACGCAAUCAGAGACUGAACAUGGCCUUGAAUUUGACGAGCAAGUGGCAUUUUGUAAGGACAAAGCUGAUAAUUCCACCCUACAAACAAGUUGUUCUUCAAGACAGGUUGUUGGUUCCAUGGAAGAAGCUGUAUCUUCCGACUGUCCAAGUGGGUACACUGAUGAACUAAGAUCAAACGGUGGCCUAAAAUGCAUGCGUGAUGAGCCUAGUCCUACUUCAGUUCUUGAUGCACCAUCUGAAGAUAGAAACACUAAUGAACCUGAAUCAUCAAGAAGUACCAGAUCCUGCAAUGAGAGAAUUGCCUUACGGUCUCCUAUUGAGCAUGUUUUUCGCUCGUUAUCAUGGGAGGAUACCAACUCAAGUUCGCCAUUACAUAGCUCCCUGAAUUUCUCCAGUGCAGAUGAUGAUGAAUCAGAACGCUAUGCGCUUGUACAGAAGAUAGUAUCAGCUGCUGGACUAGGCAAUCUGCAAGUGAGUAUGGUGUUCACAGGUUGGUAUUCAGCUGGUUCCCCUCUUGAUCCUGCACUGUGUGACAAGUUCUUGGACCGCAAGGAGGAGGCUGCCAAGUCAAGGGAGCGGAGGUCAAACCAGAAGCUUCUUUUUGACUGUGUAAAUAUGGCAUUGGUCGAGACUGGCCAAGACGUGUUACAGAACACCUACCCGUGGGGCAAAGCGUGCCUCGGAGCAUGGAGGGAGACAUUGUCUCAAGAUUUAGUUGAAGAAGUGUGGAGUCGUGUGAGGGGUUGGCUUUACGGGGCGGAGUGGUUUGCGGCGAACGAGCGCGCCGAUGCUGCAACGAUGCUGGAAAGAGUUGUGCAACAAGAGGUGGAGGUGGGAGGUUGGGUGAAAUCAGAGAGAUCUGAAACCGAUGAGAUCGCGAAGCAGAUCGCGGUGUGUCUGUUGGAAGAGCUUGUCGGAGAAGCGGUGGCGUGUCUCGCAGUCUGCUUUCCACAGCAAGGUAUCCCAGUGCCAAUGCCAAACCUGUAGGAAGCAAUGGCUCUGCGUGUGUAUUAUGCUCUUAUCAUAUGAGAAAUUGAUAACUGCUACUCCCUCCAUUCUUUUUUAAUUGACUCGGAUUUAGUACAACUUUGUACUAAAUUUGAGUCAAUUAUAAAGGAACGGAGGGAGUACUAUGUAUUAAAAUUCUUUUGUUGAGGGGAUCAUUUAGCAUCUGCAUAGUAGUACUAGCUUGUGACGCAAGUCCACGUAGCUGCUUCUGCAUAUAUACCUGUAGUGUACUGCGGAUUGCACAACUCUUAUUGGUGAGAUCAUGUUAAUCGUAGUUCAGCUCUGUGUAGAACGACUAGUUUA